AUGGAUCUCCUGCCAAACUUUUCUUUUGUCACUUGGCUGCUCCUCAUCGUUUUCCUUAGCCUCCUGGUCCUCUAUGGGAUAUGGCCCUUCCGGGCCUUCAAGAAGCUGGGCAUCCCCGGGCCACAGCCUCUGCCGUUUUUGGGAACUUUCCUGGAGUACCGGCAUGGAGUCCUGAACUUUGAUCAGAUGUGCUUUGAAAAGUAUGGCAAAAUCUGGGGGAUUUUUGAUGGCAGGCAGCCUGUGCUGGCCAUUUUGGACCCCAUCCUCAUCAAAAACAUCCUGGUGAAAGAGUGCUAUACUGUUUUUACCAAUCGCCGGAACUUCGGUCUGAACGGGUUCCUGGAGUCGGCCCUCAGCGUGGCUGAAGAUGAGAAGUGGAAAAGGAUUCGUACUGUGCUGUCUCCAACCUUCACCAGCAGGAAGCUGAAGGAGAUGUUCCCUAUCAUUAAUCAUUAUGGUGAAAUAUUAGUGAAAAACAUUGAGAAGAAAGUGGCUAAUGAUGAGUUCGUGACCAUGAAGGACAUUUUUGGAGCCUACAGCAUGGAUGUGGUGGCCAGCACUUCUUUCAGUGUGAAUAUUGACUCCAUGAGCAACCCCAGUGACCCCUUUGUCACCAACAUUAAGAAAUUUCUCAAAUUCAGUUUCCUAAACCCUGUGUUCGUAUUCUUAGUGUUGUUCCCCUUCGUUAUCCCAGUGCUGGAAAAGAUGAACGUGACUCUGUUACCCUCAAAGGUCAUGGACUUCUUCAAGGGUGUCUUCAUAAAAAUGAAGAAGGAACGAGAAAAGGGCAGCAGCACGGACCGGGUUGAUUUCCUGCAACUCAUGGUUGACUCACAGAACUCACAUGACCGCUCCAAGUCUGCUGAGACCGACUCGUACAAAUCAUUAAGUGAUGAGGAGAUUCUGGCCCAGGCUCUUGUCUUUGUCUUUGCUGGUUACGAGACCACCAGCUCCACCCUCAGCUACAUAUCAUACAACCUGGCCACCCACCCUGACGUGCAGCAGCGACUCCAGGAUGAGAUUGAUGCAAACCUGCCCAACAAGGCUACUCCCACGUACAACGCCAUCACGCAGAUGGAGUACCUCGAUAUGGUGGUGAACGAAUCCCUCCGGCUCUUCCCCCCUGGAGGCCGCAUUGAGAGGGUCUGCAAGAAGACGGUGGAGCUCAACGGUGUGACUAUUCCAAAGGGCAUGGUGGUCAUGAUCCCAGCCUACGUGCUGCAUCGUGACCUGGCGUACUGGCCGGAGCCGGAGGAGUUCAGGCCUGAGAGGUUCAGUAAAGAGAGCAAAGAGUCUAUUGACCCCUACACCUUCCUGCCGUUUGGGGCUGGCCCCAGGAACUGCAUAGGAAUGAGGUUUGCUCUCCUCAUCUUGAAAGUGGCUGUGGUCGUCCUGUUGCAAAACUUCUCGUUCAGAACCUGCAAAGACACGCCGAUCCCGCUGGUUCUGGACACAAAAGGUUUCAUGCAACCGAAGAAGCCCAUCGUCCUGAAGAUGGUCCCCAGAGCCCCUGCCGAUCUGGAGAAGUGAAGGAAGCAGAAACAGAUCAGAGGCUCUUGUUUGAUGGUACCUCCUCUAACUCUUGAGAGGAGACCCAGAUUGAUGUGUGCGCUGUAGAAAUGUCAGUGGUGCAAACCCCCAUUUCACAACAAGGCAUUUGGGGUUUGGGCCAGCAUAAUUACAUGAGCAUUAUCUUAAUGAAAACUAGCCCCAGAUCCUGCUGUCCUCGAUCACAAUAGGCAUUUUGCAAGACCGUUUGCGCUCAAGCUAUUUGGGCAUUUUUCUCUCUCCCUCUGAAGAGGCACUUUUCUAAGCAAUUUGAUUCCAGACACUGUCAGUCUCUUCUGGCAGUGUAAUUUAAAUCAAGAUAGAGAGAGCAAAUUGCACAUAGUUAACUAAUGCUACCAUUGCUCCUGUUCCUACUGCCUGCUGGGUG